UGUGCUCAGAUUUGGCAUGUAGUAACUGAAAUGUUGUUUGUCUUUGUCCCUGUGUUAUAUAAAGUCUUACGUUGAGGGCUGUGUUUUAUAUUAAAUCCGGCAUAGUGCUGUGUUUAAUGACAGUUUUGCUGAAUAGUCGGCCACAAUAUUCAUUGAAUUGUGCAGCAGGAAAGACUUUCAGGCAUCAUUUUUUCUUUAUUCAUAGAGAGAGAUUGACCAGACUUUCGUUCCUUACCUUUGGAUUUAUAUGAAAUGGCAAAAUGACCACAUUUGGUGGCAUCCACCAAAAUUUUGUGGAAUUAAACAGGUGGUUAUUCCUACUGAACUGUUGUGGAAGCCAGAUCUAACUAUUGAAGAGAUGACAGAGAAGGACAAGGCCCCUCCGAGUCCUUAUCUUACCAUUGAAUGGAACGGCCGGGUAAUACUUUCGAAUGACCUGAUGAUAGUCAGCAUGUGCAGGAUGCAAGUUUACAAAUUCCCCUUUGACAUUCAGAGCUGCAACCUCUCUUUUAAGUCUGCUGUGUAUUCUGAUAAAGAAAUAUUAUUUGAGACUAUCGAAGAUGUUUUCAAAAACACAGAGUGGACUCACCAGUUGAUGCGGACCCAGUACGAGUGGUUGUUCAUAUCCAUGACAGCUAAGAAUAAAACUGUCCACGACCUAACCAACAAUCAAAGCAUGAUUGUUUACACUAUCAAGAUGAGGAGGCGAUCUAUCCUCUACAUCGCCAACUUCUUGGUACCCAUCAUGUUCUUCUUUAGUCUGGACUUGGCCUCAUUCCUGAUCUCAGACAGCGGGGGGGAGAAGCUUGGCUUCAAGGUCACUGUGCUGCUUGCUGUCACUGUGAUGCAGCUUCUUCUCAAUGAGAUUCUGCCUUCGUCGUCAGACAGGAUUCCUCUUAUAGCGGUCUACUGCAUUGGGAUGUUUGGUUUGAUGAUGCUAAGCCUCCUGGAGACAGUUGUGGUGAUGCAUCUAAUGCAGAAAGACUCUGGAACCGAAGACAAUGAGGCAGAUAAAGACCGCAAAGUCAGCUUGCACAACCAUGAUGGAGAGAAGAAAUGGACUCACUGUUCUUGUGCUUGUGAUGUGUCUGCUGAGGAACCUCCAUCUGAACUGCUGUCCGUGGCUAGAGAGGGCAACAGCAGCCAACUGACGGAUGAGUCCAAUGCCUUAGAGAAGGUCUCAGAUGAGCUGAGGGAGGUGGAGAAAGCACUGUUCCUGCUUCUCAACAACAAGAAUGAAGACGGGAAACCCGGCUACUGGACCAGAGUGGCUAAAACGAUCAACAAAGUGUUCUUUUUUUUCUACGUCACAGUGGCCAGUCUGUUUUUACUUGUUAUCUUUUUAAUAUGGAAUCAUGCACAAGACGAGUAGUGGCAAAGGGUAAAAACAGGGUUAAGACAAUACUAAUCUAACUCAAAUACUCUGUAUUAGCACAUGACAUCUGGUUGUAUUAUACAGUUC